UAACUAAAAACAUGUUUUCUUUUCAGCCUUAUAGUCUCCCACCCUUACAAUGUAUUUCAAUUAUCUCUUGUUCCAUGUUUUGUUUUUUCAGUAUUGUAAAAUUACAAAAGCCUAUACAAUAUAUUGGAAAUAUAAUUUUAAUUUUCUCUAAUAUUUUAUUUUCUGUUUUGUGCCAUAUUAUUUGGUUUAAAUUUUUACAAGAUGAUGAGAAAUUUGAUAAUAAUUAUAAACAUUUGGAGGAAGAAGAUGAAGAAAAGGUAGUGAAAAAUGAAAAAAAUUUGCGGAUUAGGAAAAACUUGCGGAAAAUUUUUGCGGAUUAA